AUGCGGGCCUUCUCCCGGGACGCCCUGCAGCACUACGUGCCCGUCAUCCAGGAGGAGGUGAGCGCCUGCCUGGCCCAGUGGCUGGGGGCCGAUGGGCCCUGCCUGCUGGUGUACCCCGAGGUGAAGCGCCUCAUGUUUCGCAUCGCCAUGAGGAUCCUGCUGGGUUUUCAGCCCUGCCAGGCCAGCCCCGAUGGCGAGCAGCAGCUGGGGGAGGCCUUCGAGGAGAUGAUCCGCAACCUCUUCUCCCUCCCCAUUGAUGUGCCCUUCAGCGGGCUCUACCGGGGCUUGCGGGCACGCAACAUCAUCCAUGCCAAGAUCGAGGAGAACAUCCGUGCCAAGAUGGCCCGCAAGGAGCCGGAGGGUGGCUAUAAGGAUGCACUGCAGCUGCUGAUGGAACACACACAGGGCAAUGGCGAGCAGCUCAACAUGCAGGAGCUGAAGGAGUCUGCCACAGAGCUGCUGUUUGGGGGCCAUGAAACUACUGCUAGCGCUGCCACAUCGCUGAUCGCCUUCCUAGGGCUCCACCACGAUGUCCUGCAGAAAGUGAGGAAAGAGCUGCAGGUGAAGGGGUUACUGUGCAGUCCCAACCAAGAGAAACAGCUGGACAUGGAGGUCUUGGAGCAGCUGAAGUACACGGGCUGUGUCAUCAAGGAGACCCUCAGGCUGAGCCCUCCUGUUCCUGGGGGAUUUCGAAUUGCACUCAAGACCCUGGAGCUAAACGGUUACCAGAUCCCUAAAGGUUGGAAUGUUAUUUACAGUAUCUGUGAUACCCACGAUGUGGCAGAUCUCUUUACCAACAAGGAUGAAUUUAACCCGGAUCGCUUCAUGUCUCCAUCUCCAGAGGAUUCUUCUCGGUUCAGUUUCAUUCCUUUCGGUGGGGGCUUGAGGAGCUGCGUGGGCAAAGAGUUUGCAAAAGUCCUUCUAAAAAUAUUUACAGUGGAGUUGGCUCGGAGCUGUGACUGGCAGCUGCUGAAUGGACCUCCUACAAUGAAAACGGGCCCCAUAGUGUACCCUGUGGACAAUCUGCCUACCAAAUUCAUAGGUUUCAGCGGCCAAAUCUGA